AUGGUUGUUCUCUCUGAACUUUCAGAAGCAUCUUCAUCUUCAUCAUCAACUCAUGGUCAUAGAUAUGACGUGUUUCUAAGUUUUAGAGGUCUCGACACUCGUAAUAAUUUCACUGCAUACCUUCAUAAAGCCUUAAUGGAUUCCAAUGUUAUUACCUUCUUGGAUGAUGAAGAGAUUGAAAUUGGGGGAAAUCUAAAACCAGAAUUGGAGAGUGCAAUUAAAGCAUCUAGGGCUUCGGUUAUCGUUUUGUCCAAGAAUUAUGCUUCUUCCACAUGGUGUCUUGAUGAACUGGUGCUGAUUCUUGAGCAACUUAGGACAUCCAAACAUAUUGUAAUCCCCAUCUUUUAUCAUGUGGAGCCCACCCAUGUCAGGAAGCAACAGAGUAGCUUUGGAGAUGCAAUGGCUAAGCAUAGAAAGAUGAUGGAGGCGGAGACAGAUGGAAAUAAAAGAAGUAAAUGGACUCAAAAGAUAGAGCGAUGGAAUAAAGCACUUACACAAGUUGCUGAUUUGAAAGGGAAGGAUGUUAGAAACAGGUUAGAGAUGGAGUUCAUUGAAGAAAUUGUCAACGACAUCUACCGAAGAUUACAGAUACCCUUAAGGACUUCUCUACCGCUACUUAUUGGGAUGGGCAAUUCUGUUAACUUCAUCACUUCAUGGUUGAAAGAUGCAUCAUCACAUACAACAGACAUACUCACUAUUUUGGGUAUGGGUGGAAUCGGGAAGACAACUUUAGCCAAAUAUGUCUAUUUGUCUCAUUUUCAUGAUUUCGACACAAGCAGCUAUAUUGAAGAUAUUAGUAGGCGAUGUACUGACAAUUUUAAUGGGUUGCUUGAGUUACAAAAACAACUGUGCGAUGACAUUUUGAAAACAAGUUCAGUUCAACUUCAUGAUGUAUCUGUAUACACAUCAAAGAUAGAGAGUGCAUUAGCUCGUAAAAAGGUGUUUCUAGUUCUUGAUGAUAUUGAUAGUCUCCAUCAGUUGGAUGCAUUGCUUGGAAACAAAGGUUUUCAUCCCGGCAGCAAAAUCAUAAUAACAACAAAGGACGCAUGGUUGACAGAGAGUUGUGCACUUUUCAAAAAGAGCAUUAAACCCAAGCAUGCUAAGCACUUGCUUCGAGGUUUAUAUGACACUGCAUCACAAAACCUUUUUUGUUUUCAUGCAUUCAUGUGCAACACAGCCAAGGCUGGUUAUGAAGAGGUGUCAGAAAGGUAUGUGAAAUAUUGUGAAGGACAUCCUCUGGCUCUUGAAGUUUUGGGCAAGUCUCUGCAUAAUCGAGAUUUAGCUUACUGGGAAGAUGGGAUAAAACUCCUAAAGAAAGAAACCGGUUCCCCUAUAAAUAAUGUCUUGAGAAUGAGUUUUGACUCUUUGACAUCAAAAAACAAUAAGGAGUUGUUUAAGCAUAUUGCUUGCUUUUUUGUUGGAAUGGAUAAAGAUGUUACCGAAACGAUAUUAAAUGCAUGUGAGAUAAACACAAGAUCUGGGAUCACGGAUCUCAUUGACAGAUGCCUACUUAGUAUUGGAAGGAAUAACAAAUUGAUGAUGCAUCAGUUGCUUCAAGAGAUGGGAAGAUUUGUGGUACGUGAAGAAUCACCUGAUAAGCCAUGGAAGCGUAGUCGAUUAUGGGGUCAUGAGUCAUUCAAAGCUUUGAAGAAAAAAAAGGGUAAGGGGAAUCUUAUAGGUCUUUCCCUUGACAUGCAAAUACUUGAGAAAGAGAAGUUGCAUGAAUCAUUUGAGCUGAAAACAGAUGCAUUGAGUAACAUGGAUAAUUUGAUGCUACUACAACUCAAUUAUCUACAAAUUAGUGGGUCUUAUGAUAAUUUUCCAGAAGAAUUAAGAUGGUUGUGUAUGCAUGGGUUCCCUUUGAAGUCUAUACCUUCAGACCUACUGAUGGAGAAUUUGGUUGCUCUUGACAUGUCAUAUAGCAAUAUUGAAUCAUUUAACAUUUUUUAUAGGAACCCACAACGACUUGAGAGUAGACAAAACUUGUUUGGAUCGUAUGCAAAAGACAAGAGGUUCCUUGGAUCACUGAAGAUUCUUAAUUUAAGUUUCUGUGAACAACUUUGUAGUUUGGGUGGUUUUGACCAAGUACCUCUACUUGAGAGGUUAAUACUUACAGACUGCAUUUGUUUGAUUGAUGUCUGUGAAUCAAUUGAGCGAUGUUCUGCACUUGUCCUCGUUGAUCUGAGUUACUGCAAUAAGCUUGAAAAACUUCCAAGGAUCAUAGGCAUGUUAAACAAGGUUAAAACACUAUUGCUAGAGGGUUGUAAUCUUGGUAAAUCUGGAACUGAGAUUAUAGAUAUAGAUUCACCAAAAAUGUUCAUGGCUAACAACAUUGAUAUAAACACAAUAACCUCUUCCUACACCAUCUUAGAGGCUAUUCCAAGCCAUUCAAUUUUUUUUUCGGUUUCUUUACCGAGAUCUUUAGUAAUCUUGGCACUUGACAAUAAUAAUUUGUCCACCGAAUCCUUUCCCAUGGACUUUAGUUAUCUAUCCAUGUUAAAAGAAUUAUACUUAGAUGAAAAUCCUAUUGUUUCACUGCCCUGUUGUGUGAGAACCCUUCCUAGACUUGAGAAACUUAGUAUGGAAAACCGUAAUAUGCUGACAUCAGUCGAGCAUCCUCCACAUACACUAACAUAUUUGAACCUCUCUCAUAGUUCUGAUUAUAAGCUUUUGCUACAUAAUGUUGUAUUUGAUCCACAAAUGUCCCCAAUCGAGUUCUUAAUAGACUGGAAGAUGUUAGCACCUUCGUCGUUUGAAAUACAGGGCUUGAUCAAAAUCCAACCGCUGGCAGGUGCUGAGGAAAAUGUAUUAUGUAGGCUGGGCUGGAGUAAUCUAGACUUCCUUUCUGGAAGGCGUUUGACAACUUAUUCUCGUGAUAGAGGGUAUGAGGAAUCUGAAAUCCAGAUGUAUUAUGAAUUUGGGAUAUUCAGCACUAUUUAUGAAGGCGAAGAGAUUCCGAAUUGGAUUACAAAUAGAAGCAUGGGGCCAUCGAUAUCAUUUACCAUUCCAUCAUCUCCUAACAGCCUCACAGGAUUGAAUUUCUGUUGCGUGAUGACGUUUGGAUUUGUGAAUGAAAGGCUUGGAUCUGUAGUGGAUGAGCUCCUUGAUUUGCCAAUGAUAACAAUUAAUAAUAUAACAAAGAAUCUCACCUGGAUAUACCACCAUUACAUUGAGAGAGUCAGUGUCGGUGUUGAUGGGAAGUGUUUAACAUUGUUAAGCCAUUGGAUGUUUGGGAUGAAUGAGAUGGAAGCUGGUGACCACAUUACUAUUACUGUGAGGGAGAAACCAUUUCGUGCUAAUCUAGUUACAAGGAAGUGUGGGGUGGGGGUUGUGUAUGAUGAUGGAGACACGUAUGAAGAACAAGAAAAGGAUGAUGUGUUGGUUUAUUACAAGUCCUGGAAUUACGUUAUUGGUGGAGAUCUCACUGGAUUUCAGUUAACAACAGGAGAAUAUUUACUAAACAAAAGUCGAAUUAUGCUGCCUUUUUAUGAAACGAUCCUACUAAAAUAUGAUUAUUUUUUUGGAGAAGACAUCCGCUUUAAAGAUAAGGUAGUGUACUUCAGAGCAUAGUCACAUAGUUCUCUCAUUAGAGGAAAUGGUUUUGGAGAAUUUGGAUGAUGAAGGCGUGGAGAAUGGGAAAGGAAAAGACAGCAGUUGGAAUACAAUAGAAUCUGUUUUUUGAAUUAUUGUAACUGUUUCUGUUCAUAUUUCGUUGUCAUUUCAUUGUUUCUGUGUUGACCUUACUGGUUCUGUUUUUUGAUGUUAGUAUUCAUGUUUCUGUUUUGAACUUACAUAAUUAAUCAC